AUGUCUUCCACGCCAUCUCAACCACCACCGGCCACCGGCCCCUCUGCGCAAUCAGACCCCGCCACCUUCGCUCACAUCGAGAACUACAUCUCAACCCGCUGCAACGCAUCCCCAAUCUACGCCUUCCUCUUUAACCCCGGCCUGAAGCUCACUCACGCCUCCAAGGGACUCAUCAUCGCACGCCUGCCCGUCACCGCGAACCAUUUGAACUCGUCAGGAAGCAUCCACGGCAGUGUCUCGGCGACCAUUGUGGACUGGGCUGGCGGCUUGGCGAUCGCGGCAUGGGACCUCCGUGAGGCAACGGGUGUGAGCGUCGAUAUCAACAUCAGCUACCUCUCAGGCGCCAAGUUGGGAGACGAAAUUGAGAUUGAGGGCAAGAUUGAGAAGGUCGGAGGCAGCUUGGCGUUCACCCACGUCAACAUCUACAAGGUCAACCCAGCCGACGGGACCAGGGGCGCCACGGUGGCGAACGGAAGGCACACCAAGUUCGUGAGAAGUCGAUGA